AGCGAUAAUAAAAAAAUGUGUCAUUCCGGUCUUAGUUGACUAGACAGAAGAUGUUCAUCUUACUGUGUUUGACUUUUGUACUAAGCAGUACAAUUGGAAAAACUAAUAGCAGACUGAUGAAUAAUACACGUCUGAAAAUAAUCAAUGGGCAAAUAUUAGAUAUUCAACACCGACCAUUUAUGGCAUCAAUUCACUUUGGAAGUAAUUUUAUCUGUGGUGGAACAAUAAUGUCCGCAUCUUGGGUACUGACUGCUCAACAUUGCAUUCAUCCAAAUGAAAAAAUAAUGCAUUAUUACAAUGUUCGAGCAGGGUCUAUAUAUUACUACAAAGGUUAUAUGCAUUAUUUAUCCAGAGUUACGAGGUUAAAUCCCAAAAAUAGGCUUGAAGGUAAAGGUAUACCCAGAAAUGAUGUAAUUCUCAUUAAAGUUACUCCACAAUUUCAAUUUUCUUCAACAAUAAGACCAGCCAAAAUGCCUAAAGUUAAUGAUCUAAUUCCUGACAUACUCUGGGUCUCAGGAUGGGGUCUAACUGAAUAUAAAGAAAUAUCAAAAAAAUUACGAGUCGUUGCCGUAAAGAGAGUACCUUACAACCGUUGUCGUGAAAUGUCCCUUUAUUCUACAGUGCUGAUAGAAGAUCAACACUUAUGCUAUGGUGGACAAGGCGUCGAUUCUUGUCAAGGGGAUUCGGGUGGACCUUUGGCGGAUUAUGACAAAGUAUACGGAAUAGCUUCAUUUGGGGCUCUUGAAUGCGGACGUUUUCCUGGAGUAUAUGAAAGCGUUUCCUACUACUCUGAUUGGAUAGAGUAUACAAUUCAGACUUAAUAUUUUCCAGAGUGAAUACGGGCAUAAUCGAAAAUUUUUUAUUUAAAUAUUGUAUAGACAUUGUUUUAGAACUGUUAUUUUUAAAUUUAUGAUAAAUGCAUA